AUUCGGCAUACGACUGCAGGCACAUUGCGACAGCCUUGAGUAGGGUGGCUAGGUAGUUCUCAGGGGGGGUGGUGGGAGGCCAUUGAACGCGAAGGGUGAAUUCGCGCACAAACGCUCUGCGGCGCAUCUGAACAGAGACGAAAAAUCUUUCUGCAGCAUCCGCCUGCUCGCUCUUAUUCACGUGGCUCUUCAGGAUAAUAUCACACACUCUCUCUUCUCGUAUCACCGCCGAGUCUACCUCAGUGCUGGUAAAGUUCACCCCGAAGCCGGGUCGCAAUUUUUAUCCUUUAUAUUUUGCGUAAUUAUUUUAUUUUCCCCACUCUUGCUCAAUUAUUCCCAAAUAAUUUAUUUUUUCUCUUUCAAACCCUGGAAAAAAAAUUAUUUUUUCCAUUUUUUUAAAUUAAUUUUAUUUUAUUUUGCUCUAAUUAAGCGACCAAUUAAUUGGAAGGGUUGUUAAAUGUCUUUGGUCCAGUACUCGAGUUCACAAUUACAGAAAAAAGUGAUUAAUAUUCAAAGAUAAUCCGUUCGACAUUUAUAUUUUUCUAUGACGAAUUCUUGCGUUACGUGACCAAAUUGGCAACGAUGUCUAGUGGACAAAAGGAUUCACGUUAUGCAUACAUCGCGUGUCCUUUGCAUGACUCCGGUGCCGUCGAGGAACCCGCGGAACGGAUUGGUCCUGGACCCAGGAGGAGUUCCUCUUCUCAUGUGGUAAAAUGGGGCGGCGGGAACAUCAACACUGCUGGGAACAAUAAUAAUGUUAGCAAUAAUAAUAGUGGUAAUAUCAAUAUUAAUCUUGGAACCAAACGGAAACAGAGCAAUCAGAUCAAGGACAUCUCGGAACCUCCCACUCCCACUGCUUCCAGACAGGUGUCAUUCAGUGGGAGGACGGGAGGAAUAUACACUCCGUUGGUAGUUUCUGGUAAUAGUCCCCCAAGAGGAGAGCCAAUAUCACUAGCGACUCUCGAUCGUGACUGUUUUAUCAUUCCUUUGGCUUCUGUCGAGCGUUUUCUUCCUGCUGGUGUUCCGCACGCGCCAAUAGCAGAUAAAAAGAAGCCAGGAAGUCCGCUAUCGGUGUUGGAAGUCGAAGAUCCAAAACAAUGUGUCUUGGCACACUUGAUGACACCUUUGGAGCCGCUAGAUCCUAUCGUGGAGUCACCAAUUGCAAUGCCGCUCGUUCUGCAGCGGGAUACCGCUGCUGAACUGAUUGCAGAGAUAGCGCCAUCUGCGACUCAGAGCAUUUUGUUGACCAACAUGGAGCGGAACGCGGAUUUUCCAUUUAUAACAUAUUAUUUAAUAAACAAGCACAACACUGACCCCGCGGAUUUUUAUCAAGAAGUCCAAUGCGCAGCACUACGAAAAUUUGACCCACGAGAUCUCCGUUACGCUGCGAGUCACACAUUAGACUUGUUCAAUGAAGUCGCGACGAUAGCCAGGCCGCCAUUGGAGCCUCCUGGUGGCAGACCACCAAUCCCGUCCACUGGAUACAUCGUUUCCAUUUUUAAAGUCUUUGAGGGCGAUGAUAGUCUCAAAUUUGAGCAAAAUUGGCUCUAUUGGACCGGAGCAAGGAUGAUUUAUCGGUAUCUCCCAAAGUCCGUAGGACUGAAGCGGAUCACACUUCACAAGUCAAUGUCUCAAGGAGACAAAAUGUACAUGUUAAUCUGCGAGUGCUCACAAUUGCAAGACAACUUAUCAGCAGCAGCCAUUUUAUUACCGGCUUUAAGAGCGCGGCUCUGUGGGUACACUGGGCUUUACCGACCGUCGGUGUGCUUCUGACUCGGAAGCAAGAACAAAAAAACAUAAAAUACUAUUUUUUUGUCCAUAAAAAAUAUUUUUAUCGACGGCAAAAUUUUCUAUCUUUCAUUCCAGUUCUUUAAAUUAAUGGCUUUAAAUGGCUGCGUUCAAGUUUACUAAGUUCUUAGCAGAUCCGAGCACGUCUUGUAGCAACAACUUAAAUCAACUAUAUUAUUUUUUUUUUACAAAUCUAUAAUAAAACAAUGCAAGGUAUAUUUAUUUAAGUGUGUUUAAAAUUAAUUUUAUUGGUAGAUAAAGUCAGCCCUGCUCAGAACUUAGUAAACCUGAACGCAGCCAAAUUUUUUUGUAAAAUUUGUUAUUAUUAUCGACUGCCAGUGAAAAUUUUUUUCAACAAAAUAAUUUUUUU